UGCUCUUUAAGGGCUAGACUGACCAAGGAGAUCUGUGUUCUGUACCGUGGAAUGCACCAGCUGGGAACUGUUCACUGCUGCGAUGAGACGUUAUAUGAAAGCCUUUGAGAGAGUAGAGAUCGCAGAGGUUCUGGAUCCUGAUAAAAGAUGACUGUCAGUGUGUAUGGAUUCAAGUAAUCCAUCCGGCAUGGUGUCUGGUAAUGACUAAAUGAAAGAUCACAUGAAAGGACUGAGGGCUCCUUCCAUGAAAAGAAGACUGGAAUGCAGCUUGAAGGUUUUUCUGUACUGUUCUCCAGUUACCAAGGAACUGUUGUUAACCAGCCCGAAGUACAGAUUCUGGGAAAAACGAAUUAUAGCAAUUGAAAUUGAAACUCCUACCCAGAUAGCUUUAGUUGACGAGGCAUCAGGUGAGAAGGAAGAGGUUGUUGUGACUCUCUUACCAGCUGGUCACUGCCCCGGAUCAGUUAUGUUUUUAUUUCAGGGCAGUAAUGGAACUGUCUUAUACACAGGAGACUUCAGACUGGCAAAAGGAGAAGCUUCCAGAAUGGAGCUUCUGCACUCUGGGGGCAGAGUAAAAGACAUCCAAAGUGUAUAUUUAGACACCACAUUCUGUGACCCAAGGUUUUAUCAAAUUCCAAGUCGUGAGGAGUGCUUGAGGGGAAUUUUGGAGCUGGUUCGGAGCUGGAUCACUAGGAGUCCACACCACGCUGUGUGGCUGAACUGUAAAGCAGCUUACGGCUAUGAGUAUUUGUUCACCAACCUGAGUGAGGAGCUGGGAGUCCAGGUUCAUGUGGACAAGAUGGAUAUGUUUAGAAACAUGCCUGAUAUCCUCCACCAUCUUACCACGGACCGAAACACCCAAAUCCAUGCCUGCCGCCACCCAAAGGCAGAAGAGUAUUUUCAAUGGAAUAAAUUACCCUGUGGGAUUACUUCCAAAAACAAAACUGUGCUCCAUACAAUUAGCAUCAAACCAUCCACCAUGUGGUUCGGAGAGAGAACCAGAAAAACCAAUGUGAUAGUGAGGACAGGAGAGAGCUCAUACAGAGCAUGCUUUUCUUUUCACUCCUCCUACAGUGAGAUUAAAGAUUUUUUGAGCUACAUCUGUCCAGUGAAUGCAUAUCCAAAUGUCAUUCCAGUAGGCCUCACCGUGGAUAAGGUCAUGGACGUUUUAAAGCCUCUGUGCCGAUCUUCCCGAAGUACCGAACCAAAGUACAAACCACUUGGAAAACUGAAGAGAACCAGAAUAAUCUAUGUAGACUCAGAGGAGGAAGAUGAUCUCUUUGAUGACCCUCUACCAGUACCAUUAAGGCACAAAGUUCCGUACCAGCUAACUCUUCAUCCUGAGGUAUUUUCAAUGAAGGCAUUGCCACAAGACCAGCCUGAACUGAGACAAAGUCCUGGGUGCUACAAAGCAGAUAUUAUGCAGAAGGUUUCUCUGGCCAACUUUAUAGACUGUGAAGAAUCUAACAGUGACACUGAAGAAGAGUUAGAAACCCCACCUUCACUGCAGGGAGGUCUGGGUCCUGUGAUAGUUCCCCAGCAAAAUGCUGAUGCAGACACACCACAGUGGGAAGUGUUCUUCAAAAGAAAAGAUGAUGUCACAGAUGAAUGUUUGGAAAAUUUACCUUCCUCUAUAGAGACGGGGGAAUCUCAGUCACCAAGGCUUCUCACUGACUCUGAUGGAGAAUCCACUCACAUCUCUUCCCAGAAUUCAUCUCAGUCAACACACAUAACAGAUCAAGGAAGUCAAGGCUGGGACAGCCAGGGUGAUACUGUUUUGUUAUCUUCCCAAGAGAGAAGUGCUGGGGAUAGCACAUCUUUGAACAGAGAUGCCUACACACCAAAAAGCAGAGAGAAUAUCUCCGCCUCUCAAAUGGAACAGAAUGCACAUGGUCCACAGGAUUCUUACUGUGAUUCGAAAAGCAGAGAUGAAGAAGUAAAUGGAGGUCCUCACAUUGGAGAACCAGAUACUGUGAGUGGCAAGAAAUCCCCACCUGAGGAGAAAACAUUACUAACCAGCACACAUGCGGAUUCACAGAGCUCCUCCGAUUUUGAAAUCCCCUCAACUCCAGAGGCUGAGCUUCCUAAACCAGAGCAUUUACGGUAUUUAUAUGGAAAACUGGCAACAGGUGAGAGUAUAGUUGUUGAAAAAAGAAAAUGCUCACUCUUAGAUAUUUAAGAAUUAAAACUAAUUCUAGCAAGGAUGUCCAAUCUUUUGAUGCUGCAACACAAUGUCAUACACAAAUUUCUGGGCAACACUCAUAGCUGUGGAUGUAUAUAGCCUGCAGGUUAGAUACACCUGUUAGCGCAACCACUAAAAAAACCUAAACAAAGUGAUACCUUGGUAUAAUAAUGGAUCAAAAUGGAAUACUAAAGUAUGCUCAAAUGACAGGGUUAAAACCAGUGUUGCGUGAGAUUGUAGAACUAAAUCUAAACACACUAAUCCUCAUAAUAAUAAAUGCAAAUGAUGUAAAGAGAUUCAUAAAAAACACAAACUCAGGGAAAAACAUAAGUCAACUAUGCUGUUUACAGAAAGUGCAAUCGAAGUGAUGUAAAGUUAAAAGUAAAAGGACAAUAUAAAAUAUAAAAAUGUUCAAAAAAGCCAGAGAGACUAUAGUAAGAGCAGAUACUAUCCUAGACAAAAUGUCUAACUCACCAAGACAAUGGAAUGGUAGAGCUCUUGUCUAGCAUGUAUGAAGUCCUAGGUUCAAUCACCAGUACUGCUCUCCAGAAAAGACCAGAUAAUACAGAAAUACAAAUGUUUUAACAUGCUUCUCUUAGAGGAAAUGGUAUAUAUACAAAAAAACAGUAUACAAAAUACAAAAACUGACCACCACCAGAUAACUAGAUCUGAUAAACUUUUACUUCACAGCAGAAUACAUCUCUUCAAGUAUAUGCAGACCAUUCCACCAAGAUACACUGACAAGCAGUCUAGAAGAAAAGGCGGCCCUAUUAAAGUAAACUGAUAGCAUGGAGGAAGAACAAGACCAAAAAACUAUUAUAUCAUAUAAUGGCCUGGGGGCAGGGCUGGAGAGAUGCUCAGGAAAACACUUGCUAUUUUGUAGAGGAUCCAGGUUUGAUUUCCAACACCUACAUGGUGGCUCAAAAUUGUCUGUAACUCUAUUCUGGAGGAUCCAGGCACACCUGUGGUGUGUGUACAUAUGUGUGUACAUACAGGCAGGCAAAAACACGCAUAAAAUAAAAAUCUUACAAAUCACCAGUGGGCUAGGCAAGGCUGUGUUCUAACUGUUCUGGAGGCUGAGACAGGAGUGACUUAAGUUGGAGGUCAAGCCUGGGCAACUUAGCAAGAAUUGUUUUAGUAAAUACAAAGGUCACCAAUACAAUGAUACAACUGAAACUACAACAAUUACAAUGUAAAGGAAAAUACUUAGAAUGGCUAACAUAUAUAUGCUCUGUGAAUUGUGAAAUUGCCUUAAAGUACAAUGCUUUUGUAUUGAUGUAUAUGAAUUUAAUAAAUCUUUAUAAACAUCUUCAUAAGCACUUUACUAUGCUGACAUUUUACAAGUCAAGGAAAAAGAUAUAUAUAGACACACCACGUAAAGUAAGUGUAAAUGGAGUCUCAUAGUGUGCACAUUAAACUGAAUGUCACAGAUCAUCACUGUGCUACCUGACAAUCAGAUCAGGAAUGACUAUACCCAACCUAGCGGGUAUAUGACUUAGAACAUAUGUAUAUAUUACUCUAUGCAUUUGAAUAUAUUCACUAAUACCCAAAACUUUAUUUUUGUUUUGUUUUUUAACUGAGCCAUAAUCUCAGCCCAAGAUUUGGGCUGAUCCAAAGUAAGCAUUCAAAACAUGCCCACAAACAUUGUUCUGAAUGUAUCUCUAAUAUUUUAUAACUGUAAUGUUCAUGUUUUAGGUCUUAAGUCUGGUACAAACACUGGCUGAAGGAAUUAGAUAGCUAAGAUCAAUCUACAUGAUCAGUUUUUACAGCUUAUGUUUUGAAUACAGAAUAAUAGGAAACAUUUAUAUAUGGCAUUUAUUCUGUGAUAAAACCACUUUAUAAAGCUUUAAUCUGUGAAGCCACACUUUGAGGUAGACAUGAGCCUAAGGCACACAGAUUAUUUCACAAAGCUAGUAAGCAGCAAAGCCAGGACUCAAACACUAGCCACGGCGGCUUCCAGUGCCCAUGCUCUUGAGCACUAUAUGAUGCUAUAUGAUGAAACCCCAUUACAAACAGCAUCAAAACAGAAUUGUAGUGAUGACUUCAUUUUUCAAAGGUUAUGUAUUAUCAAAGGUUAUAGAGUUUUAAAAUGCUAAGAUGCAUCAAAAAAUCUAGUGGCUAGCCACAUUGACUUUAGCGAAGAGUCAAAUAUGCAAAAUACAUGAUCACAGUUAGCUUCAGCUGUCAACUUGAGAAACCUGGGGUCACCUAGGAAGAGGGAACCUCAAUUAAGGAACUGUGUUCAUCAAAUUGGCCUGUGGCAUGUGAAGGAUUUUCUUAACGGCUAACUGUGGGCAGUCCCAUCCCUAGGCUGAUGUGCCUGGGCUGUGUAAGAAAGCUAGCUGAGUAUGAGUCUGGGAGAAGCCAGUGAGCAGAGUUCAGUCUCUGCUCCUGCUUAAGUUCCUGUCAGGACUAUUUCCAAGUUCCUGCUGCUGAAGCCACUAUACACUCAGGACAUAUGAUUUGAAGGAACCAAGCUGGAGCUGAACUGAUGACCUUUAUCACAGCCACAAAGUGUGUCUACAUACACACAUCUAUUUUUAGAUAAAUAGCUAUCACAAGGUGAAGGUAUAAAAGGAUUACAGCAGGAAGACAGUGGAGGAAUGGUGGGGGCAAGAAGGUAAUGGAACAGUGAAUAGAAGCACAGUACAUUACACGUGUGGAACUUAGAAUUAAACUUCUGUGUACUUGUUUUGUCUUUUUUUAAAGGUAAAAAUCUUAAACUGGGCAUGGUGGCACAUGCCUGUAAUCUCAGCACUAGGAGGUAGAGGAAGGCAAUAAUCUCCAGCUACACAGAAAAUUCAGGGCUAGCCUGAGCCACACGAUACACUACCUCAAGACCUACCCCCAACCCACAAAAUCAGGACCCAUUAAAUUUCUAUUAGUAAGGACAAAACAAAGCCACAUAUUUAUUAAACAUAAUCUUUUCCCCUUUGUCCUCUCUUUUCUUUUAACCUGAAUGUAAAUAAGACCAAAUAUCUAGGCAAUCAAAACACUGAUUUUUUUUUUUUUAAUCUGAUCUUUAAACCUGAGAAUACUUCAAAGUGAGUUUGGCCAUCGGGGAGAAGAAAACCACACCUAGAAUGCUUUUAAGAUU